AUGUUCUGUCUUGGUACUGCAUCUACAACGUCAGGUACAGCUACGACUUCAGCUACGAUCUCAGGUGCGACCUCAACGACAGCUACAGCUUCAUCGAGCAAUCCAUGUUUUAAUGGAACAUAUUGGAAUGCUAUCGGUGUUACAUACGCAGGGAAUGACAUACGUGGCACUGCUUUAAAUCAAUUAUCUGCGCCAACUUGCAUAUUUAUUGGGCUUUUACUAAAUCAAGUGAAUUAUCCAUACGGUAUAUGGGUAGAUUCGAGCUUAAAUGUAUUUGUGUCAGAAUAUCGAAAUCAGUGUGUGACAAUAUGGGCUCCUGGUGCAUCAUCAAAUGUUGUCGUUGCUGGUAUUUCAGGUUCAUCAGGCUCGACAACAAAUUUAUUGUCAGGACCUGCUGGCCUCUAUUAUGAUGAGGCUAAUCAAAACUUAUAUAUUAGCAAUACGGGUGUCAGUGAUAAUGUGAUGAAAUGUUCCGGAUCAAGUUCAAGUCAAUUACAAACUCCAGCAGGAAUAAUAUUAGAUCAAUGGCAAAACAUAUAUGUGAAUGAUCGUGAUAAUUCUCGAAUUCAACUUUUCUGCAAUGGUAGUUCGAUAGGUAUCACUAUUGCUGAAAGUGGAACUGGUGGAAGUAGUUUAUCCACUCCAUAUGAUAUCAAAUUAGAUUCACAAAAUAAUUUAUAUGUUAUUGAAAAUGGUGCUCAUCAUGUUACGAAAUUUGCUAAACUAUAA